AUGGAUGAUAAUGAUUUACAAAAUAACCUAAACGUGGUGAACAUUGUCUCUCAACAGAGUCUUGAACAAAAGAUCGGGGAUAAUGUUGAUACGCUUACCAAAAGAAAGCUCAUCGAACAGGAAACAAAUAGAUUAGAUAGAACUAAAAAUUUAUAUGAAAAGCUUAGGGGUCAGUUGGGAUCUCUGAGGAGGAGGUUAAACCAGUCAAAUAGAAUAUCGAUAAAGGCAAAACUUCGAAAAGAGAUACAGCAGUUACAAGAGAAUGAAAUAGAGGAUACACUGAAAGAUAUCAAGGAAAUCAGGACGAGAAUAAAGGAACUUAAAGAGUCAACUACUUUAAAAAGAAAUGAUACUGACAAGGAUGGAAGAAAGGAUGGCGAAUCUGAGAGGGAUUUUCUUGUAAGAACAGGUCAGUUAACAGCAUUCGGAUCCACAUCAGGAUUUGUGAUAGAUACUGAAUAUGAUAAUACCAAUACUCAUGAUAACCAUGAGGACACUGUAAAGUCAGAAACAGAUGCCGAGAGUGAAUUAUUAAAGAAUGACUACGAAAUGGCAAACGAACAAAUGGUAGAAAAUUUAUCAAGUACCUCUUCAGAGAGUGAUUAUAUACCCGAGGAAGACUUCGAUAUUGAAACAAAUUCAAAAAAUGAUCAUUCUUUGGAUGAUGAACUUAGUGAUACCGACUUAGUUAUAGAUAAAGGGAAAAUAAAAGUAAGCGAAGCUAACGAUGAUGGUGAUGAGCUAUCAUAUCAGAAAAGACUGAGGAAAUGGGUAGUACAAAGAUCAGCAAACCGUCAAAAUGAUCCUUAUAAAUCUCUUCCAGAAUGGCAAAAACCUCAUCCUGAAAUACCAGAUGCUAGACUAAACGAUAUCUUUAAAAUACCGGGUGAUAUAUAUCCCUUAUUGUUCAAUUACCAAAAAACAUGUGUACAAUGGCUCUACGAAUUAUACCAACAGGGUGCUGGUGGAAUUGUAGGAGAUGAAAUGGGAUUAGGGAAGACUAUUCAGGUAAUUGCUUUCCUAGCAGCUCUGCAUCACUCUGGAUUAUUACAUGGCCCUAUUUUAAUUGUCUGUCCAGCCACGGUGAUGAAACAAUGGGUUAAUGAACUGCACCAUUGGUGGCCUCCAUUUCGUUCUGUGAUAUUACAUUCCAUUGGAUCCGGCAUGUCAGAUAAAAUGAAUAUGAAUGAGGAUGAGUUUGAGGAAUUGAUGAUGUCAUCUAAUCCAGAUCAAUUUUCAUACAAUGAUUUUGAGAAUUCCAAAAAGGCUAAAUCGUCACUUGAAUCAUCUAUGCAUAUAGAGAAUCUAAUCAAGAGAGUAGUUGACAACGGUCAUAUAUUGAUUACCACAUAUGUGGGUUUGAGAAUUCAUUCAGACAAACUUUUAAAGAUAAAUUGGGCUUAUGCAGUACUUGAUGAAGGCCACAAAAUUAGAAACCCUGACUCUGAAAUUUCAUUGACAUCAAAAAAACUGAAAACUCCGAAUAGAAUCAUUUUGUCAGGUACGCCAAUCCAAAAUAAUCUUAAUGAACUAUGGUCACUUUUCGAUUUUAUAUACCCCGGGAAAUUAGGUACACUACCUAUAUUCCAACAACAAUUCGUUAUUCCUAUCAAUACUGGUGGUUAUGCAAAUGCGACAAAUAUUCAGGUCCAAACAGGAUACAAAUGUGCUGUUGCAUUAAGGGACUUAAUUGCACCGUAUUUACUUAGAAGAGUGAAAAGUGAUGUUGCAAAAGAUCUCCCUCAAAAGAAAGAAAUGGUUUUAUUUUGUAAGUUAACGCAACUUCAAAGAAGCAGAUAUCUUGAAUUUUUGAAUUCUAAUGAACUGACCCAAAUUAAGGGUGGUAGAAGGCAUGUCUUGUAUGGUAUUGAUAUUCUGAGAAAAAUAUGUAAUCAUCCAGAUUUACUAGACAGGGAACAAAGACAGCAUGAAUUGGACUAUGGAAACUCCAAGAGAUCCGGUAAGAUGCAAGUGGUGAAACAGCUACUGUUACUAUGGAAAAAAGAUGGUAAUAAAACUCUACUUUUUACCCAGUCUAAACAAAUGCUUGAUAUUCUGGAGAAAUUUGUAUCAGGUGCAGAUCCUGAGUUAGCUAAUAUGAGCUAUCUUAGAAUGGAUGGAUCUACAAAUAUUUCCAAAAGACAAGCUUUAGUUGAUCGUUUUAAUAAUGAAAAUAUUGAUGUAUUUUUGUUGACAACAAAAGUUGGUGGUUUAGGUAUCAAUCUGACAGGCGCGAAUAGGAUCAUUAUUUUCGAUCCUGAUUGGAAUCCCUCCACAGACUUACAGGCUCGUGAGCGUGCUUGGAGAAUUGGUCAGAAGAGAGAGGUUUCAAUCUAUAGAUUAAUGGUAUCUGGUUCGAUCGAAGAAAAGAUAUACCACCGUCAAAUUUUCAAACAAUUUUUGACUAAUAAAAUUUUAACCGACCCAAAACAAAAAAGGUUCUUCAAGAUGAAUGAACUUCAGGAUUUGUUCAGUUUAGGUGGAGAUGAUGGUUUAGCAUCUGAGGAGCUCGCUAAUGAAGUGGAAAGGCACACUCAAACGCUUAAAGAAUCUAAAUCAAAGCAGAGUGAUGAUUUCGAACAAGUAGCAAGUAUUUCGGGUGUUUCAAAAUUAGAAGGUUUCUUUUCUAAAGAAGUUAACGAUGAGAAGAAAUCCGAAGAUGAUCGAUUGAUAGAGGGUCUACUUGGGGAACAAGGUAACCUAGAAAAUGCUAGUACACAUGAUCAAGUGGUGGGGUCCCAUAUGGCUUCGAAAGUUUCUACGAAUAUGAUUAGCAAAGAAGCUGAUAGAAUUGCUGGUCAAGCUGUCAGUGCCAUUCGUGAAUCAAGAAAGAAGACUCAGAAAUACAAUAUUGGUACACCAACUUGGACAGGAAAGUUUGGGGAAGCCGGAAAAAUUGUGAAAAAGAAACCAAAGGCGCUAGGAAAGAAUGCAAUAGGUUCAACAGAUAUUUUAAAAAACAUUAGACAAAGACAGUCGGAAUCAUUGCAUACUUCAACCGAUAAUCUUAUCGAUGAUCCAAAUCGUAAAAUAAUGAUGAAUAUCGUUGAACUAUUGAAUAGCGUAGAGGAAAAUAUGCUAUCAUCUUCUUCAAUUAUUAAUCAUUUGGGAGUUAAUAUGAAGGAAAAAAAAGAUAUCAUCAAUAUUAGAGCUUUACUUAGGGCUGUUGCCACAUUUGAUAAGAAUAAAAAAGUCUGGAAACUAAAUAGCGAGUUCCGUACCAGUAUAAAUACGUAA